CGGGUCUCUAUAUAUCACGGACAUUUUUUUCUCGUCGUUCUCUCUCUAACCAUGGCUCUUCCUCAACAUCAGUUCCAACAGCACUACCAACCACAACCCCAACCCCAACCCCAACCCCAACAACAUCAACAACAACAAUCCAAAUCCUUCAGAAAUUUGUACACAAUCGACGGUCAGAUAUCACAGCCGAUCGCCUAUUACAACCCCAAUAAUCCACAGGAUCAGUCUCAGCAUCCUCCUUAUACUCCUUCAUUUCAUAUCGUAGGGUUUGCUCCUGGUCCUGUCGCUGCAAACGACGGUAACGACUGUGGGGCUGAUUUGCAAUUGGACUACGGAGUGGAACCCAAGAAGAAAAGACUGAAGGAGCAAGAUUUUUUGGAGAACAAUUCUCAGAUAUCCUCUGUUGAUUUCUUGCAAUCGCGGUCGGUGUCAACGGGUUUAGGUUUGUCCCUUGACAAUACCCGCAUGGCUUCCACGGGAGACUCGGCCUUGCUGUCGCUCAUCGGCGAUGACAUCGAUUGCGAGCUGCAGCAGCAGGAAGUGGAGAUUCAAAGGUUCCUCAAAGUUCAGGGUGAUCGGUUGCGGCAAAAUAUUUUAGAGAAGGUCCAGUCCACCCAACUUCAAACUAUUUCAUUUGUUGAAGAAAAGGUCCUUCAGAAACUCCGCGAGAAAGAGGCGGAGGUGGAGAUCAUUAACAGGAAGAAUGUGGAGCUUGAAGAGCGAAUGGAACAGUUGACUGUUGAAGCGGGUGCUUGGCAACAGCGAGCCAGACACAAUGAAAACAUGAUCACAGCUCUCAAGUUCAAUCUCCAGCAAGUGUAUGUGCAAAGCAGAGACAGUAAAGAGGGAUGUGGCGACAGUGAAGUAGAUGAUACAGCUUCUUGCUGCAAUGGCCGUUCCAUUGAUUUUCACCUGCUUUGCAAGGAGAACGAUGACGUGAAAGAGAUCAUGUCUUGCAAGGCUUGCAGAGUGAAUGAAGUGUGCAUGCUUUUGUUGCCCUGUAGGCAUCUCUGCCUCUGUAAAGAUUGUGAAAGUAAGCUCACUUUUUGUCCACUGUGUCAUUCCUCUAAGCUCCUAGGCGUCGAGGUCUAUAUGUAAUGAAUACAUGUGAAAGAUCUAAUUGUGUUGGAAGUUAAUUCUGGCAUUGCUCUGGUCA